UUUUAUUUGACGCACAUUAAAAUAUUCUCCGCUCGUCAUUAAAUCAAGCUAAUUUUAAUAAAAUAAAUAAGAAAAAUGUUUAAAAUUUUGAUAUUUUUCUAUCUUUUAAAAAUCAUUGCUGGAAACCCCAUAAAAGAUGAAAUUUCAACAAUAGGUGUCCAAAAUGCAUCACGAACUGACUCGCCAUGGUUUGCCUUAAUUGAAAUCAAAUCAAAUGGGUUGCGUUGUGGAGGAAGCUUAAUUAGUGAUCAAUUUGUUGUUACUGCUGCUCACUGUCUCGACUCACUCGACUCACUCGAUUCAUUAAGCUUAAAACAAGGAGUUUUGAUAAAAUUAGGUGAAUGGAAGACAGACAUAGAGAAUGACUGUGAAGAAAGCAAUGAAGAGUGCGAAAGUGUCGCAGAAAUUCAGCCAAAAAGUGUCAAAAUUCACGAAUAUUACGACAAGUCAGACAAAUCAAAGCAAAACUAUGACGUUGCUGUAAUUAAGCUCGCUUGGAAGCCACGAAUGUCUGAAAUAAUUCAAAAUAUUGAAUUAAGCACCAGCGACAGUAAUGUGAAGCUGACUAAUCAAGUUUUGACUGUGACUGGAUUUGGACAAUCCACGCCAGGACGGUACACAAAUAUUAAGAAGAAAAUUCAAAUUAAAAUAUUUCCGGAUCGAUUUUGUGAGGAAAAGCAUAAAGGAACUUACAGUAGAAGUAGACAUAUUUGUGGAUUAGGAUACGAAGGUGUAACAACGUGCUCUGGAGAUUCUGGAAGUGGACUUUUUAGAACUGUCAAUGGAAAGACUUAUCUUGAGGGUAUCACAGCAUAUGGUGUUGCCAAUUGUGGUGAACGAGAUUUGCCGAGUGGAUUCAUGAAAGUUGCAACAUUUAAGGAGUGGAUCAAGGAACAAAUUGACACACUUUCUUAGAAAAAUCCAGUUUUGAAGGCUGAAAACCAAAUCAAUCAAAUUGCUUACUUUGUAAAGGUUUUGGCGAUUUUGCAGCCUUAAUAAUGAGUCAAUAAAAAUGCUGAAUUAUUUUAUUUGAAUUUAUUCUUUUAAUUCUUAUGUUAAUCUGUAUGCACUUAGAAAAUAUCAAUGUUUUAAAACAGUGGUGUCCAACCUUUUUUAUACCGCAGCACUUCUUGCUGGUAAGUCAUGACCGAAAUCGCACGGUUCGUGGAGUUUUUAAAAAAAAAAUUGUUGCAUACUAGUGUGCCGCGGCACAUGGGUUGGACAUCACAAGCUUCAACAUCCACCUUUCACAGGAAUCUCAUAGAACUCGAGUCCGAAUUUUUCUGCAAAACAUUCAAAAAUCUUUAAAAACUUGAUUUUUGUGGACUUUUCACAUCAAACAUCUUGACUGCCUUGAUGUCGAUACAAUAUUUCUGGGAGCCUUGGAAGUUCAUGAAGUGUAUUAUGACAUAUGACUUCUUCCUGCCUUCUUUUACUAGCUGUAUGUUUGGUAAAAAUAGUAAAAAAUCAAAGGUCAAGCAACCUUACAUCCAUACUCACCCUAAUGUCCUUCUUUUUCCACACCAAAUCAAUAAUCUCAUCAAAAAUGUAUCCGCUAGGCAUUUGUACCUCAUAAAUAACAUGCUUCAUUGCCACCAUCGACCACUCUUCUUGAUCAUAAUCAGCACAAACAUUAAUCACAAUUUCACCAGAUUUUGUAACAAUUUUAUCAUUAAUUAUGGCAACAGCUAUGUGAAAUGUUGGUUCUAUUGCAAUAGCAAAGUCGAGUGUCCGUUCAACAAUUUUUGUGACUGAUACAAAGCCAUGUCCAGAGAUUGUUGAGCCAAGAACUUUUGAGUGUGUUGGGAAGUUGACCAAAUGGAAAUCCGUUGAGUUGUAUUCUGUGAGCUUUAAUGUUUCCUCAAAAUUAAAUUCAUCUUUUAACAGAAUUGUGAUGUCAGUUGAGUUACUGUUCAGCAAGUUGGCGACUUUGGCUAUUGGUUCUGAUAUGAUUGCUGCAUUGAAGUAGUCUCCAUUUAAGACAUUGAAGUUGUAUGAUUUAAGAAGCCAAUAAACUAAUGGAACUGCUUUAUGUAUUGCAUCUAGGUUGAUGAAUGCCAUAGCUGUAUAAGCUGUGUAUCUUAUGUUGCAGUCAUCAUCAGUUGCUGUCAAUUUAAUGCACAUUUCCAUGUUUCCAUGAUCAAUUAAUGUAUUCUCAAUACUAUCCAUGAUUUCUUUAGUUCUUAUCUCAUAGCUUUCAUCAGUUAGUGAUUUUAAUGAAAAGACAUAAGCAGCUAUUGAGGAAGCUUCAUUGCUAUUUUCAUAAUAACGGAAAUUAUCUUCAAGGAAGUCUAAAGCCUUUGUUAUAACAUCCUCAUACUUUUGAUCAACGAUCUUAUCUGAUUUUAGGAAGGAUAUAAGGACAUAAGCAGUUUCAAAAUAUAUCUUUGUAUUGUUGUAGUCAGAACUGUUCUUAUUGAACUCAAGCAUGCUUCCAAAAUUAGAAAAUCCUCCAGUUUCUAGCUGAUAACUUUUAAGAAUGUCUAGUUCCUUUUCAAUCACGUCUGGCAUCUCAAAAAUCAUCUUUUCAGUCAUAGCUGAUGCAAGAGUAUCAACAUAAAAUGAUAGGAAUCCUGACGAUAUUGCGGUGUCCUAGAAGUAAAGAGUUUAAUGGUUAUGGACAGACUUUGGGGUUGGUAUCUUGGCACAAGUGUUGCUAUUAAUUUUUAUGGAAAGGAAUGCUUCUUAACCAGUGAUGGACAACCCAUGGUCCGCAAAAAAAAUCGGGAAAUCCCACAAAUCGUAAACCGUGUGCCGUUUCGGUCAUGGCUUAUCAUCAAGUAUCGAGGCACAAAGGUUGGUCAUCACUGGUCUAAAGCAGUGUUUCUCAAACUCUCAAUGCUUUGAAACAAUUAAUUCUUGGACAUAUUCUGAGCAACAUAAGCUGCUACUGUUGAUGAGUCUAGGAUCAAAGCAUCAUUGAGCAUAGUUUUAGAAGCACUGGCUUUUAUAGCUCAGAUGCUCGUCGAGAUUGAAGAUUUUAUGAGAAAAAAUUCAAUUUGUUCAACAAGUUUGUAAAUAGUUAACCUUAACCUCCUGUGUAGUCGAGAUCCGCCGUCUUUAACCCCACAAUAAAACCCCCUGGAUAGAAAGGGUGUAGCCAAGGGAGGCUCGAGUCCUUAGAUUAAACUUGGUAUAAAGAACAACCCCCCAAGUUUUACAAUUUUAAAUGACAUUUAUCUAUAAAUCCAACUUACUUUUUGAAGCUCACGCAUCACCAAUAUAUCUUGAAAUUCUUCCUUGAAGAACUUACUGUCCCUAGAUUUGUUCUUGCUUUUUAAGUAACGAUGAUGAUUAAUAUUCCAUUUUAGUUUUGCUAUUUUCUGCUCAAUUAAAUCAUUUG